AUGGCUAAUUCCCUAAUUUCCCCCGAGACCCUGAGCACAGCAGUGAGUGCCUCAACUCACUCGGCCCCUCUUCCCCAAUUAUCAUCCCAUUCGGCCCCUCCGCCUAGCUAUGAGCUGCAGGCCAUAGAGGAUCACCCCACUGACCAGGAUUCGGGACGAGAAUUCUCAUUACCACCGGUGGACCGGGGCAAAGAUGCUUGGCUAUGCUUGAUGGGAGGCUUCUUCCUUGAGGUGAUGGUCUGGGGCUUUCCUUUCUCGUUCGGUGUGUUCCAGGAGUAUUACACCACUCAUGAGCCCUUUCGUCAGGGUGCCUCAAGUAUAUCAUUAAUUGGGUCUUGCUGCAUGGGAAUCAUGUAUCUUGCUUCUCCAUUCAGCCUUCUCAUUCUCCAGCGCUGGCCCCAUACCUGUCGAUUUAGCAGUCUGAUCGGCCUGGUUGUGGCAAGCAUUGGCAUCGUAUCUUCCUCGUUCGCCACCCGAGCAUGGCAGCUCAUAUUAACACAGGGCAUUCUCUAUGCGAUCGGUGCCUGUAUGCUGUACUAUCCUAUCCUACUCUUUAUUGACGAAUGGUUUGUGCACAAGAAGGGACUUGCCUUUGGAGCCGGAAGUGGUGUCGCUGGUGUGGUAUUUCCCUUCGUCAUCAAGUCUGCACUCUCUCGGUUCUCCUUCCAGACUACCAUGUGGGCCUGGACAGUGCUUUUGAUCAUUCUGGUCGGGCCAUUUCUGCCUUUUGUGAAGCCACGGGUACGCCUCUCAAGCGCACACAGCCCUCGGCCACAACGUCUCAGCUUUAAGUUUCUACGCUCCCGGGAAUUUCUCAUCUUUCAGGUGGGGAACAUCUUGCAGAGUCUCGGAUACUUUGCUCCUUCUUUGUAUCUGCCGACAUACGCGCGGUCGGUUCUUGGAGACUCGGGUCUAGGUACCACCGCCCCGGUGACAUCCAUGAAUGCUGGGACGGUCAUUGGGUUUCUGUUCAUGGGGCUUCUCAUUGAUCGGUGGCAUGUCGCCAACGUUCUUUUCCUGGCUGCUCUCGCCACGGCAGUUGGUGUCUUUGUGAUCUGGGGCUUCUCCGUUUCGCUGCCUCCUCUCUGUAUUUUUGCGUUAUCCUAUGGGGUGUUUGCAGGGAGUUCAAGCGCCACCUGGCCAGGGAUUGUCAAGGCCGUCCGGCAAACAGACGAGGCUGCUCCCGCUGGGUUUGUGAUGGGUCUGUUAGCGGCGGGCCGAGGAAUUGGUUCCAUCGCGUGUGGCCCCAUCAGCGAAGCCCUAAUUCAGGGGGAAUGGCCGUGGACAGGAAAGCCUUUGGCCAUGGGUUUCCAACGCCAUCGCCCCCAGAAGGAUUAUCGCAUCUGGCCGCAGGGCUUCUAUUUCCUGACCACAAAUAUCUGGGAUGACAGCACAUGGUCAGAUCCCGUAUAUUUCGACCAAGUUGGGUUCGACCAGGAUCUUUUUUGGGACGACGAUGGCAUUGUCUAUCUUUCGUCCACCUACCGGAAACUUGAGCCCACUCCGGGUGCCAACCUCAAGGACUUUGCAAUUCAUAUCUGCACUGUGGAUCUGACCACUGGGCAUUCUACUUCAGGGCCCAAAUUAAUCCGCGAGUCUCCCUCCGGAGUUGCCGAAGGGUCUCACAUCGUCAAACGCGGCUCUUAUUGGUAUCUCUUUACAGCGGAAGGCGGCACAAAGAGUAGACAUUGCGAAUGGGUGGAUCGCAGUGCAGUCGGUCCAUUUGGACCAUGGGAAAUUGGACCUCACAACCCUCUCUGGCGCAAUGGUGUGGAAGACGAUGUGCAAAACACGGGCCAUGCAGACCUUUUAGAGGCUAUUCAGGGAAAGUGGUGGGCCGUUCUACUGGGAGUCCGGCCCGUCCGGAAAGGCGACAAGUGGGAGGAUUCAGUCUUUGAUACCCCUGUCACCACCGACUAUUCGCUCACUGAACGCCCCAAUUAUAUGCGGAUUUAUGGCGGUUCAUACAAUCUUUCGGUACCUGCCUGUUCGACACUUUUCUUCCGCAAACAAAGUCACCACUUUUGCACCUGGGAGACGCAGGUGUCAUUCCAGCCGACCACGACACAGACUGAGGCGGGCACGGUGGUCUGGUGGAACUACUUCACACAUAGUAGUCUCGGCGUCCGCAAGCAUCAUAACAGCCGAAUACUGCGCUUUCAACCGCCCGAAGGCCAAAUGGUCGAGCUGGUGCUCGACGAGACCAGUGAUGUGAUUUUGAUAGUGGAAUGUGGACACCAGUACCGAUUUGGGUAUUGUCAAGGAACCAAUUCUCGAGUCAUCUGGAUUGGCGCCAUCUCCAACGAGGCUGCAACCAAAGCUCCACCAAUAGGCGCCGCCUUCACGGGGAUGAUGUUGGGUCUUUACGCCUUUAAGUGA